CCCGGACUCCGUAGACUGAUCAUGCACUUACAGUUGCAUUGCUGGGAGUAGGAGUUUCCUGGCACUUCUCUUCUCCUGUAAUGGCUGAAUGCAAUACGUGCGAUAGGUAAUCGGGCAGAGUGAGUUUCUAUCAAUGUAACUUUCCAGUCUCAGGAUGGAUGAACGUGCCAAUUUAAUGAAUAUGAUGAAACUCAGCAUAAAAGUAUUAAUUCAGUCUGCCCUAAAUCUCGGAAGAAGUGUGGAUGCUGACUACCCACCUCUCCAGCAAUUUUUUGUGAUUAUAGAGCAUUGUUUGAAACAUGGAUUAAAAGUUAAGAAAAGUUUUAUUGGGCAGAAUAAAUCUUUUUUUGGUCCUUUGGAACUGGUUGAAAAAUUGUGCCCUGAAUCAUCUGAUUUAUUUGUGAACGUCAGAAAUCUUACUGAUCUAAAGACAGCUGUUGGACGAGGAAGAGCUUGGCUUCAUCUUGCUUUGAUGCAGAAAAAGCUGGCAGAUUACUUGCAAGUUCUCAUAGACCAUAAAGAACUACUUAGUGAUUUUUAUGAAUAUGAUGCUUUGAUGAUGGAAGAAGAAGGAGCUGUGAUAGUUGGCUUGUUAGUUGGCCUCAACAUGAUUGAUGCAAAUUUAUGCCUUAAAGGGGAAGAUUUGGAUUCCCAGGUUGGAGUAAUUGACUUUUCUUUCUAUCUUAAGGAUAUACAACCAAAUGAUAAUGACAAACAUGCAGAUGAAAUUGCGGCUGUCCUUGAUCAGAAACAUUAUGUCGAAGAGCUUAAUCGACACUUAAGUUGCUCUGUUGGAGACCUUCAAGCUAAAGUUGAUGGUUUAGAGAAGACCAAUUUAAAGUUAAAUGAAGAGCUUAUUGCAGCGAAGGAUCGAAUAGUCUCACUUCAGGAGGAACAUAACCAAUUAUUACAUGAAUGUGCAACAAUUAAAGAAAAGAGUGAAAGGAGUGUAGAGGUUAACAUACAGGACACAAAAGUUGAACUGGAAACAUAUAAACAGUCACGGCAAGGCCUGGAUGAAAUGUACAUUGAGGUCUGCAAGCAACUAAAAGUUGAAAAACAAGCUCGAAUGACUUCAAAAAUGUGAGAAAGCUAGACAAGCAGCUGAAGAAAAUAGUAACAAAUUAAAAUUGGAUUUAGGAGUCAAAAAUCAAGCUUUAUUGCAAGAAGUUGAAAAACUGGAUAAACAAUGCUCAAGUUUAGAAAAGGAAUUGAAGUUUGAGAAGGAGCAACAACAGAAUCUUCAAGAGGAGCUACAGAAAGAGAGAGACACCACUUCUGAUCUACGGAAUGAACUUCAGCAAAUGUCAAGGCUUAAAAAAGAUUUUGAAAAAUUGCAACAUGAGAAGAAACAGUUGCAGAUGCUUUGUGAUGAACAGGAACAGGCUCUGCAAGAAAUGGGUCUCCAUCUCAGCCAGUCAAAGUUAAAGAUGGAAGAUAUUAAAGAAGUCAACAAAGCACUUAAGGGACACACAUGGCUAAAGGAUGAUGAAGCAAAUGAGUGCAAACAGUGCAAAAAGGAAUUCUCCAUUUCCAGAAGAAAGCAUCACUGCAGAAACUGUGGGCACAUUUUUUGCAACACCUGUUCAAGCAAUGAACUUUCACUGCCGUCCUACCCAAAACCUGUUCGUGUUUGUGACACUUGCCAUAAUUUACUGCUUCAGAGAUGUUCCACUAAUUCUUCAUGAGGUUACACGGAAAUCUUUACUACUUAUACUGAAUGUUACAGGGAGAUUUCUUCAGAAAAAUGAAAUAAGCCAAUGCAUUUUCUAACAAUUUAUUCUAAUUUUUCUGCUUGGUGGGGAUAUUACAGAUGUGUAUUUUUGUUAACAACUUCAUAUAAAAUAAAAAUGAAAUAUUCUAAAUAUCAAAUCACUAACCUAUUGCUUCAUUACAAAACACCAACAUUUUAAUUACAACAAAUUUUGUGUACAUUUAUACUUAAUACAUGAUCUAAAAUCUUGCUUUUUAUGUAAUACACUUUAAAAAUGUUUUGUGGCAAAUGCUGUUAAAAUUACCAUCACUAAAACUGGGUUGGUAAAUGUGAAUAAAUGUGCCUUUGUUAAAAUUUUACAUCUGACGUUUUGAAGCAAAUGCUGAUCAUAUUUACCAAAAUGCCAUUGUUUGAUACCACAACUAAAACAAUAAAAAUGUUUUUUGAUUAAUGAAA